CCCCUCAGUGCGCUCCAAACCUUUGCGGCGCACAGACAGACAGACCACUGACAGGAGUCCUGUACCACGAACCAUCGCUCUCCCAGGAUCUAUCAGCCUCUUAUACUUGGAUAACAGCAAACAGUAAACGCGAGACUUUAUUUCAACGUAACUCAUCCUUUCUGACAGCUUGGAGUUGAAAGUUUCUCCAAACAACGGACAUGAAAAGAGUAUAAUGUUCUGUGUAAGGUGUGCGCUUUCAGGUGUCCACGGCAGGUACGGACGGAAUUUAUCCUUUUCAUCUCACACUGGAUCGAGACUUAGUAGUUAAGGACGUGGAUUUGUCAGCGAGGAGGAGACACCGCGCACAGCUUUUCUUACAAAAAUUCAAUCUUUGCGCGCUUUGACGAGAGUGCGGUGUACGCACAGACGCGGAGGAUCGGGACGCCACGGUGCAGGACACUUGUUUGCGUUUAUUCUGACCUUUCUGAAGCCAGGAGAGCCUCAUGCUGCGUUCAGCCGCACACUUACGCUUCCUUUAUCGCUCUUUUUCCUGGGAUUGCACAUCUCCUACGGGAUUUUGUGCGUGAGAUCCUGGCGGGGCUCGGUGCGGCACUUACUGGAGCGGCAGACGCUGGAAACAGGUGUAUUUGACCAAGAUGUCUGUUCUGCCUUCAAGGUUCAUUUACGUGUGUUUACAUUUUCUGGUCCUCUACUUCCAGUUACAGGAAUCUCACCAGAGUACCGCUGACUUCCGAUUCUACAUUGAAAACCACACCCGAGACGACGUGAGUCGAAAGCAGGUGCGGAUAUAUCAGCUGUACAGCAGAACCACGGGGAAACACGUGCAGAUCCUGGGCAAGAAGAUCAACGCCAACGGAGACGAUGGGGGCAAGUACGCUCUACUUAUUGUGGAAACAGAGACGUUCGGGAGUCACAUUCGAAUUAAAGGAAAAGAGAGCGGAUACUACAUCUGCAUGAACAAGAACGGGAAAAUUAUCGGAAAGCCCAAUGGGAAUAGCCAGGAGUGCGUGUUUGUGGAGGAAUAUUUGGAGAACAACUACACGGCGCUGGUGUCGGCAAAGUACAAAGGCUGGUAUCUGGGUUUCAACCGAAAGGGAAAACCCAAAAAAGGCUCAAGGACCACGCAGACUCAACAGGAAGUGCAUUUCAUGAAACGCCACCCCAAGGGAAAAGUGGACCCUCUUGAGGAGUUUCGUUUCACGACGGUAACGAAAAGAACGCGAAGGGCGCGGCGUUUAAAAUCCAACCCUAAAACAAACUGAAAGUUUCCCCGAGUAUGCGCUUCUCACCUUAAAACAGGCAGACGGUGUUUGAACAGGAGAAGGAAGAUCACACAAAUAAACAACGGCUACGGAAGAAUCGAGAACCUUUACAAACAUUCAAAGAUGAUCUAUUUUUAUAUUAUUUCACCAGCGUUUCUCCCAGCUCUUGAAUGUGUGGCUUUAUCUAAAUGUAAUAUUGGUGCCUGUUAUUUUAUUUAUACUGGAUAAACUGAGGCCGACAUCUCCCGACAAGUUUACAGCAGUACUCGUCUUGUUAAAACUCUGGAAUAGGGCAAUGGCCGGAAAACCUUUUAUUUUCCUUUGCAUUGCCCCUCGACGACAUGGAUUUAAUAUUUUCCACUGGAAUGGACCGUCAAGGAGACGCAACGAGGGAGAUAACAAAGUCAUGUGACUUUACAGGCCUCCAUAGGUUAACGUGAAGCUUUGAGUGCAAUAUUUUGAAGAGCCACGAGCCGCUCCUCAGUUUGUCCGAUGCUUUCGUGUGGGCCUUUUCACGGGAGAAAUGCGCAGAACGCUCCGAGUACUUUGACGAUUUUGUCAGCAAUUUAGGUCAGAAUGCGUUGACUGAUAUUAGCAUUAACUGUGGUAAUAGUUUGUUCGAUAACCAUGCUUGGAUAUGAAGGGACUGGAAGAGCUUUGAGAGGCGUUUGACCUUGCUUGGUCUCAAUGCUUUCAUCAAUGACACUUGCAUGACACUCACCAUUUGCUUACAGUUUGCUUAACAUGCGUAAAAGACAGAUAUGCAGAAUGCAAAAAGAUUGUGCAUUGCUCUUAGGUCCCUAACAAAAAAAAAAUGCAGACAAUCUGAGUGUCAACCAUUUUAAAACUUCUACAAACUUUUGGCUCUGUCUUAAAUGCAUGUACCCACCACGCUGACUAUACAGCACAUCACCCAACAGGGAUUGGCAUUACAUCACCAAAGCAUAGACUUAAGCAUAGACGCAGAGAGGUGUGUUUAAGAAAGCAACUACAAGAGUUUUUCAAGUAAUUUACAGUUUAUGGAGACACAGGUGCACAGAGUCUGUGGGUCUAAGAUCAUUUCAUUCGAGCAGAAAUCUUUUCUGCAAACGCCGGACACCAGCCACUGUUGGCGAGGUCUACUCUCCAUAUGGUUAUAGCUGUAGUACACACACACACACACACACACACACAUACAAUAUUAUACUCAUCGUCUGUCAGACGUUACUAACAAUCAUGACACACGUACGAUAAAAAAGUAUGCAAAAAUAAUUUUAUUACUAUUAUAAAAUAUUUAUUGUCUUUCUCUGUAAAUACGACUUGAUGAAUUUAUUUGC